UGCUUACAACAACACAUGCAUUUAUUUUUCACUUAACAACAAAAUUUUGUGCAUAUUACUAACGUUAAACAGAAUAGGUAUACAAUACUUAUAAUUUUAAUAUUUAUUUAUCUUAUUAGUUAUUAGAUAUAGUAUAUCUAAACGAAUCGUUUCAGGUGUGUAUUACACAUAACAAGUGCUUUGCCCGUGGCUUUGAUUGCGUUUUUAGAGUGUUUUUUUAUUAUUCAAAUUUAUUACAAGCUAAAGACAUAUAUAUGCCACUCUUUGUGUAAACUACCCAUUUAAACGACCUACACAGUCACCAAAAUAAAGAAAUCUACAUAGGUAUUAGUGAAAACACAAACCCAAGCGGUGAUCGAUAUUCACAGGAAUGGUUGAAUUUUACAAAAUUGAACAGUCUGUGUGACACCCAGGUAAUAAUCAACUUUGUUUAGUCUAAAACAAUAAAGACACUUAAAACAAAAAUUAAAUAGAUCUUGUAACUGUAGAGUAACAGCCGCAUAACCGUCUAAGUAACAAAUACUGUUGAGGUGAGCAAAAAUUAUACAAAACUUUAAUGAAAUUAUGUGUUUCUGUUACCUAAUAAUAUCGGAAAGUUUGUGGACUAAAAAAGUUCAUACAAGUAAAUUAUACAUAUUAAAUAGGAACUAGCAAAUCAUUUUGGUGCCUCCGUAGUUGGCAGGGGUAUGACAGUUAAAUUAUGAUUAAUAGAAAAACACGGAUUUAUUGGAUCCCUUAUUUCUUCCGGUUGCACGGUGCAAUUUAGUUGUGCAAAUAUUUUAUCAUCUCCAUUUACAUCUUCACCUGAAAGCCUAAGAGCGGUUGGUUCUCCUUUUGGAAGAUUUUCCGUGGCAGUGCCGUUUUGGAUGUCUCCGUCGCUAGUAAAGUUGUUAUUGUUGAUAGGUUGAUCAACUACUAAGGGAGGUUCUGUUACAUUAUUCUCUGCAGCUGUAUUAAGAAGAAUCGAGCACGGUAUAGUCGUCAUAUACUCUUUACCGUCCUUUGUGAGAACUGCAAUAGUGCACUUAGUAUUAUCAUUAGGGUCUUUAUUAACGUCGGAAUCCUUUACGUUAGCGUCGGGAGUGAAUGAAGUAGCAAUAGAACACGGUAUCGCCAGCACUUCGGUUUUAUCGUCAUUGCUUAUUGCCAAACUACAAUUUACUAAAUCGGCUAAAAUGGAAUCCGCAGCAGCUGACGUAUCAUUAACCGGUGCUACAGCUACAGGUUGUCCUCUAUUGUCAUAUACAACAGUGUGAUGAUGAUGUCCUGUGGAACGAGCCAAAUUCCAAAGAGCUAAGCCAGUUAAUACUGUUCCAAUACCAGCACCGGCAAUACCCACUCCUGCCAGGGCGCUUCCACCGCGACUCAUUCCUCCACUUGGUUUUCCAUAGUUUCCAAAAUAUCCUGGUACUUGGGGGCCAAAUCCAGGAUUGUAAUAACCGUGUCCACCAGCGCCACCAUAGUUAGAUCCGCCAUAAUUUGAAUAAGGAGGCGGUGGGCCUUGAGGAUGAUAUUGGUUUCCGUAGUUGUUUUGAUAUGGUGUGUAUGGUGGUGGUGCAACUGCUGAACCAGAACCACCGACUCCAUGUUGUUGUUGUGGAUAGUUAUGUGCUGACUGCGGGUACCCUGUCUGCCCAGUUCCAGUUCCCUGCUGUGGAUACUUGCUUCCAGUUUGCUGAGGAUAUCCACCGCCAGCGCUUCCUGAUGAGCCAGGUGAAGAUGGGUAGGAAUGUCCUGCUUGCUGAUUAGGAGAAGAUGGUUGCUUUGGCUUGUUGUCGCCAGAUAAUCCAGUACCACUAGGAUAUGAAUGGCUCCCGCUGCCACCACUGGGAUAUGAAUGGCUCCCACUACCGCCACUGGGAUAUGAAUGACUGCCACUGCCACCACUAGCUUUUGGCUUGUUAUCGCCAGAUAAUCCGGUACCACUAGGAUAUGAAUGGCUUCCACUGCCACCACUAGGAUAUGUAUGACUUCCACUACCGCCACUGGAAUAUGUGUGACUUCCAGUACCACUAGAAGGAUAUGAAUGACUUUGUCCACUGGAUGAUUUUGAUUGCCACGAAGAUUGACCGGGUCGCUCCUGCCAUCCAAACAAGGUAGGUUUUUGUGCUUGUGCUUGACUAAAAGAAGUUGGCGCAGGUUGAGGGUUAUAAUUUGUUCUUCUGCUUGUUCCACGACCCGAACCAGAACCACGACUUCGACCAGAAGUUUUUCUACCUUCGGAACUAACGAUCAAUAUGAUAGUAAAGAUCGUUAAUAUACAUUUACGAUUCAUGUUUACUUCGACACUCACUAAAACUGUUUCAAACUGGCCACUAAGUGACCUAUAACAAUGGACGUCAACACUACACUGUCGCGUGUGACUCUCUGUUUCUCGAACACUAAAUGAAUCGUAUUAAGAACAUGGGCGAAUGUUGACCCGCCCACCCUACUGCGUAUAACUGAGGGGCUUACAUCCACACAUAGAGCUGGGACCUACGUAAAACCUAGGUAAGCGCUAUAAAUUGACCGCACACUAACAUUCUCAUGGACUCUUUCGUAGAAUCAAUAUUUCAGCAUGGAAACCCAAACAACGGGGUACAAACAAACGUAGGUAAGUGUAAAGCACGCAUUACAAUCUUCUGUUAUACUUAUAGGUAGGUAGGUACUUAAUCAAUAAUUUCAAUGUUUAGAAAACAUGUUGAUUCUAUUGUUUACAAUUAAAACAAGUGCAUAUAACGCUACGAUCACGAUUUGUGUGUUUGUUCUACCUGCUUAUGAACUUCAGUCGCGUGUAUUAACGUAGAUAGCUAUUGUUUAUAAGUUUCACAAUAUUUAGUAAAAUCACAACCCUGAAUCGCCAAUCAAAGUGCAUCCAUUAUACUCAGUUGCCAUAGGAAAACUAUCUUUGACAAGAAUCAACAUUUUAUCUCCUAUUAAUGUCCUCCUAUUAGUGCCUCCAAUUAAUUAAAUAACUAGAUACCUACUUACUUUUGCGAAUACUAUUUUACAAAAUAGAUGUUUUCUUUGUAAAAAUGAAACUGAAGUCGCUUCAGUAUUAUUUCUAGAAAGAAAAUUGUGAGACACAAACACACAGUAAUUGGUUAAUAACAGGAAAUGACUUAUACACACCAGUCGACAGGGACUAGAGUCCACAGCCAGUGGUACAUGUCACUUAUUGUACAAAUUUUACUUCUCCUGUGCUCAGCACAUGGUACAUUUUCCUUUGACGUAUAAUCAGCAUUUAGUGCAUUUUAUAUGUAGGAUUAAAUUGACAUAGGUACCAAGAAACCCUGGGAAUGCCAACCCAGGAGUACGCAUUUACUUUGCUUCUCAAUUGAUAAAUUGUCUCUGUUAAAUUUAAACCCAUUAGUAUUUUUUCCUGGUUUUGAAUGCAUUUAUUCGAAACACUGUAAAAACACAAACAAUACAAAAGGAACUCAAUAAAACGCUUUUAUUAAUACAAAGAUUGUAGAGAUAUCAUAUCUCCACGUCAUUCGAUUAUCUUCUCUAUAUACAACACUUGGAGUGAUAAAUACAAUCAGAAAUCAAUUAAGAUUCUUGUCCAGUUGUUCUCAUCUUGAAGUAAACAGCAGACCAUCGCUAGACCAAAAGAAUUUUUAUAUUUUAGUGGAAGAAACGAAUACUUUAAUAAUGAUUCUAUUCAUUACGUUUCUAUGUUUUCUCGUCGGUUCUUGUAUUGCCAGGCCAAACAUCAACGCUGGGCCACAGAAUGUGGUGACCGUGCCAACAAAUUGUCCUGAUGGACAACAAUGGGUUAAUGGGCAAUGCCGAGAAAUUUGGAGAGUUACAGCUGCGCCUACAAACUUGAUCACGGUGCCAACAAACUGCCCUCCAGGACAAUCAUUAGUUAAUGGCCAGUGUCGUGAAAUUUGGAUCAAAACACUGAUUGACGGCUUCUUCAGGGAUUUAGCGCCACAAAAUGUGGUGACUGUUCCACCUAACUGCCGUCCCGGCCAGCAAUGGAUCAAUGGUUCCUGUCGCGACGUUUGGAGAAGCGGAACUGACACCAAAAACGUAAUCACGGUUCCUACCAAUUGCCCCUCCGGACAAGAGUUCAUCAAUGGGCAAUGCCGUGAAGUGUGGAGAAGUUCACUGAAUUCGGAGAAUGCAGUAAAUCAACUACAAAUUAAAGCAAUUCAAAACCAAAAUGAUGCCAACAGGAACGUUAUAACCGUACCACACCAGUGUCCCAAUGGCUACAGACCUGAUGCCCUUGGAAAUUGUCGUCCAAUAUUGAUAAUGGACCUAAAUUAAUUAUCUACUUUAAAAUAUCUAAGUACCUGCCUGCCUGCCUGCCUACCCAUCUACCAGCCUAUUUACUUUGCCUAAUAAACUCUUAAUAAUUCAGUUUCUGUUUUUUAUUAUAACUAUUUUUGUUUUUUUU